CUGCUGUGUUCAACAGCAACACACAGUUAACCUUCUUCCAAACUUGGGUUCCUUAUAUAAGCAUUCACUUCACCUCCUUUGUUUUCUUCUUCAUCUCAUAUUUUUUCUUCCUUUCUUCUUUUUCUCUCUCAGAAAUGGAGUUUUCAGAUUGCUAGAGCUUCCAUUGAGCUGUGAGCCUGUGACUGGAUUUUGAGUUCUCUGAUUGAGUUUUAAAUGGAUCCACCAAAAGGAAGUUUAUGUGCUAACAACUGGGCAAGGUCCUCUACCUUAACCUCACCUGGGAAUGGAUUACAAAAUAAUUUGUCCUCAGAUCCGUCCUCUUUCUACGGGGUCAGGAUUGAAUCACCUUUCAAAGAAUUCAACCAACCUUCUCCUACCCAGUCUGCACUUCCUGGUGAAUCUAACAAAGAUAUUGAGAUCCCUGAUCAAGAAAAUUGUCCACUGAAUGACUCAUCAGACACCAGUAAAGUUCAAGAUUGGGAUCCCAGUUCAAUGUUGAAUAAUCUUUCCUUCCUUGAAGAAAAGAUUCAUCAGCUCCGGGAUCUGGUGCAUUUGAUUGUUAAUAAAAAGUGCCAACCUUUUGGACAACCUCACGAACUAGUGACUCAGGAACAGCAGCUCAUCACAGCUGACCUUACAUCAAUUAUUGUUCAGUUGAUCUCUACUGCAGGAAGUCUUCUCCCCUCUGUUCGGCACACUCUCACAAACACAAAUCCCGUGGUUGGACAGCUUGGCCAGCUUCGUGGGAUUAACCUCCCUUUUGGAUCAGACCCAAGUAGUGGUAUUAGGCCUCAAAAUAAUAGUGGAAAUAAACUGUUUGAUCAGUCCACUCACAAUGAUCCACCAAAUAAUUGUGAAAUGGAGCAAAACUACAAUAUGGAAGAACAUGAGCCAAAAGAUGAAGAAGAUGUGGAUGAGGGCGAGAACCUUCCACCUGGUUCCUACGAGAUUCUACAAUUGGAGAAAGAAGAAAUUCUUGCACCUCACACACAUUUUUGUACAAUAUGUGGGAAGGGAUUCAAGAGGGAUGCAAAUCUCCGAAUGCAUAUGAGAGGCCAUGGUGAUGAGUACAAAACUCCAGCAGCUCUUGCAAAGCCACACAAAGAAACCGGGUCUGAACCAAAGCUUAUCAAGAGGUAUUCCUGCCCUUAUGCUGGCUGUAAGCGUAACAAGGAUCACAAAAAAUUCCAACCACUAAAGACUAUUUUGUGUGUCAAAAACCACUAUAAAAGAACACACUGUGACAAGAGUUACACUUGCAGCAGAUGCAACACCAAGAAGUUUUCGGUCAUGGCAGAUCUUAAAACUCAUGAAAAACACUGUGGUAAGGAUAAAUGGCUUUGUUCAUGUGGCACAACAUUUUCAAGAAAAGACAAGCUUUUUGGGCACAUUGCUCUUUUCCAAGGCCAUACUCCAGCUAUUCCUUUGGAUGACACCAAAGGAGUGGCUGAGCCACGUGAUCUCCAGAGCAGAGAAAACAGCAGUAUGGUAGGAAGUAUGAACUUCUGCUUUGGAUCAAAUCCUUCAAGUGAAAAUGUAGUUCAAAACAUAAUGGAUGCGAAGGGUAAUAUUGAUGAUCCUAUCAAUUAUUUCUCAUCCUUGAACUUCGAAGGCUGUAACUUUGGUGGUUUUAAUGAUUUCUCUCAACCUCCAUUUGAAGAUUCAGAAGGUUCUUUCUCUUUUCUCAUGUCCGGAUCCUUUAAUUGUGCUCCUAAAUCUGGUGGCGGUGAAUCAAGUUCUGACAAUCUGUAGUGACAAUUUAUAAUAAUGUUACCCUACAUAAUAAUGUUUAUGUUUUCUUUGUUCCCCCUUUUUCCGAAUAAACCUUUUUGUUUGUUAGAUUUGUAAAGCCAGGUAAUAUCAUGUACUACCCAUUUCUUAAUAUUGAAAGAGAGGCUUUGUUU